UGGGCUGUGGAGAGCAGCGGAGUCUUAAAGAGUUUUUAAUGUCCGCCAUGUUGGCCAUGGCGUAUUGAACCAGGGAAAGAGACCGGAGCUACUGCAAAAGUAGACCGAGAGAGAGCGACCAAGACCCGGCCUCCCGGCUCCGCUCGCCCCGCCACUUUAUACCUAUAGCCUAGUCGACACCCAAGACUCCGGGAUUACGAAAUAAAAUCAUCCAUGACAACUUCAGUUGGAUCAGUAGUACAUAUUAGGAGAUCGGAUAGAUUUAUGUUGCAUCUCGAAUUAUAAAAAAAAUGAGUAAAUUGUCGUUUCGGGCACGGGCGCUGGACGCUUCCAAGCCUUUACCCGUCUUCCGUUGCGAGGACCUACCCGACCUGCACGAAUAUGCAUCUAUUAAUCGGGCAGUGCCACAGAUGCCGACGGGGAUGGAGAAAGAGGAGGAAUCGGAGCACCAUCUCCAGCGUGCCAUCUCUGCGCAGCAGGUGUACGGGGAGAAGAGGGACAACAUGGUGAUCCCUGUGCCCGAGGCAGAGAGCAACAUCUCCUACUAUGACUCCCUCUAUCCAGGAGACUUCAGGAUGCCCAAACAGCUCAUCCACAUACAGCCCUUCAGCUUGGACACAGAGCAGCCCGACUAUGACCUGGACUCGGACGACGAAGCGUUUGUCAACAAGCUGAGGAAGAAGAUGGACGUGGGGGCGCUGCAGUUUGAGGAGAUGAUUGACAGACUGGAGAAGGGCAGUGGACAGCAGUUGGUGACCCUGCAGGAGGCGAAGCUCCUUCUGAAGGAGGAUGAUGAGUUGAUCAGGGAGGUGUUUGAGUACUGGAGUAAGAAGAGAAGGUCCAGUACGAGCACCUCCCUCAUCCCCACGGUAAAACAGGAGAAGCGGGACGGAUCCAGCACCAACGACCCCUACGUGGCCUUCAGACGCAGGACGGAAAAGAUGCAGACGAGGAAGAACCGCAAGAAUGAUGAGGUUUCAUAUGAGAAGAUGCUUAAGCUGAGGAGAGACCUGAGCAGAGCUGUCACCAUCCUGGAGAUGAUCAAGAGAAGAGAGAAGAGCAAGCGGGAACUGCUCCACCUCACCCUGGAGAUAGUGGAGAAGAGGAAUGGCAUGUCUGAUUUUGGAGGGGAGGUGAUGGCAGAGGUUUUGGCGCAGAGGGCGCUAGAGAAACCAGUGAUCACCCUUGUCCCUCUGAUCAGCAGUAACCAGUACAGACAUACAGAACAUGACCGCGACUACAAGAGCAAGGUGGACAAGCCUGAAGUGGUGCGGCAGAAGCGGAAGUAUGAGAAGAGGGCCAAGCCGCUGCCAGUCACCUCUCCCCACUCAGGGUCAGGGGCAGGCCCUGCAGCCUUCAACACUAAAGACCUCAACCAGUACGACUUCCCCAGCUCCGACGACGAGCCCUACUCUCAGCUGUUUUCUGCCUCUUCGGAGGCGGAGGAGGAGAGUGAUCCUGACGGAGUGUUUGCCUUCAGGAGGAGAGCUGGCUGUCGCUACCACGCUGUGCAUGGGGGGCAGGUUGGCUCUUGGCCAUGGGCGGACUGUUCAGAGGGAGGUUUAGGAGAUGUGCGCUACAGAUACUCUCUCACCACCCUUACGUCGCCGCGGCGAUGCCUGGGGUUGACACGACGACGAGUUGGCAGAGGGGGAAGGGUUCUGUUGGACCGAGCCUGUUCUGAGUGGGAUGAUCUCUGUAAUGAACGGGACCUGGACUUCCCUCCGUCCCCCACCCCCUCGUCCAGCCACCAGCCGGUUUCCACGGAUACCUCACUCUCAACUCCAGCAGACCUGUCGCAGGUCCUGCGCAACAUCAAAACCUGUCGCUGGAGGCACUUCAGACCGCGACCAGCCCCGCACAGCCACCCUGACGGCCCUCAGCCGUGGUCGACACGGAGACUGGGCCGACACAUCCUUAUUCAACCAAUCACCACGCUACGAAGUCGAGCCAGCAUGCGAGCGCCAGCCCCCCCACCCACACCCGUGUUAACAGCUGAGCAGUAUCAGCUCCAUCAGGAGGAGUUGGCUCUGAUGCAGAAACAGCAGCUGGAACAGGAACAGCACCAACUAGCCAACACACACACACAGAGUUUGCCAUCAAAGGUGUUGGACUCUGUAAGUGCCCAGUUUGCCGCCUCUGCGUUGGUGCCCUCGGACCAGCUGAUGGCGCUGAAGAGCAAAGAGGAGGGAAUUCUGGGAGCUGGAGUCAACGGCGUUGUAUCGGCCUCAGGAGUCUUUAAGGGCUUACACCACAUGAGCACAACCUCCUCUAGCCCCGCCCCUUCCUCCAACCACCAGAGUGACGCCCCUACCUCCACCCCCAACAACGGAACCUCCUCAGCCAAUCACCUUGUUGGCUCGGCCAGCCCUGCCCCUGCACAGGCACUGUUGGCUGGUCCUGUGAGAGUCAGUGUGCCGUCGCCAGGGGCAACGCUGAGUGUGCGGCACCUGCAACGCCAGAUCACGCUCCCAGCCUCUGCCCUCAAACUCUCCGCUAAUGCCAACCGACAGAUUCCCAAGGUCACUGCAGGGUCAACCGCCCUCGACAUGGGGACCAGGGAGAACCACGAACAAGAGAAGCCAACGUUGAACAGUAUAACAGAGAACACAGUAGCCAUGGAGGUUACGUAGCCUCCUGCCCCCACACACCGAGGUUUGGGGCGUCUACGCUAGGUGCUGUGCAUCAGUGACGUUUUGUUUCCAUGGCAACUGUUGGGACUUUACUGCAAUGCUUUUUUUGUUUUGUUUUUGUUACUGUUAAAUAUCAACAUGUGUAAAUUAUGAAAUACAGCAUUUAUUGUAUGUACAGUCCUCCACAUUUGUAAUAUGGCCCUUUGUAUAUAACAACGUUACUUGAAUACAGAAAUUGUCCAGAGUUGUGAUGAUGUUUUGCACUUGAGGGGUGGGGGGGUGUAAAAAAAAAAAUUU